GAGUCUUUUCAAGGGAACUGCUCGCAUAUGACAAUAUAGCUCUAACCAAAGCCACAGCUGAUAUCACACACACUGAAGCUUUGUAAGUUUCCAAUGGCUUCCUUAACCUCUGAAAUAGCUUCUUCUUCUUCAUUGCCCAAAUGGGAGUAUGAUGUUUUCCUCAGUUUCAGAGGGGAGGACACCCGUAAUAACUUCACAGACCAUCUAUAUGCUGCCUUGGAUCAAAAAGGAAUUAGAACCUUUAGAGAUGAUGAAAGACUUGAGAGAGGAAAAUCCAUUUCCACGGAGCUCUUGAAUGCUAUAGAAAAGUCGAAGUUCGCAAUCAUUGUUCUAUCAAGAAACUAUGCGUCUUCAUCUUGGUGUUUGGAUGAACUUGUAAAGAUUGUUGAGUGCAAGGAAGAGACUAAGCUAACAGUUUUGCCAGUUUUUUAUGGUGUGGAUCCCUCUGAUGUACGAAAACAGACGAGUUUUGCAGAAGCCUUUGCUAAACAUGAAGAUCUUAUCAAGAACGAAGAGAAGUUGCAAUCAUGGAGAGCUGCUUUGACUCAAGUUGCCAAUCUCUCUGGAUGGGAUGCACGGAAUAAGCAAGAGUCAACAAUCAUCAAAGAGAUCGUCAGAGAAAUACUUGGUGACUUGAAUUCUUCCUACUCGUAUGUACACAAGGAUCUAGUUGGAAUAAAAUCUCGUGUUAAGGAAAUGGAGGAUUUAUGUUUAGGUAUGGGGUUGAAUGAUGUUCGCUUCAUAGGGAUUUGGGGAAUGGGUGGAGUUGGUAAAACAACUCUAGCACGAGUCCUUUAUGACAAAAUUCAUUCUCAUUUUGAUGGCAGCAGCUUUCUUGCAAAUGUUAGAGAAAAAAGUGGAAACGGGGGAUUAGUUGCUUUACAAAAACAACUUCUUUCUGAUGUCUUGUUUGAAAGCAAUAUUAAUAUUUUGGAUGCUCAACAGGGAAUCAAUGUGAUAAUGAAUAGAUUAUGUUGUAAAAGGGUUCUUGUAAUUCUUGAUGAUGUGGAUCAACUUGAACAGUUAGAAGCAUUAGUAGGCAAGCGGAGUUGGUUUGGUCAAGGGAGUGUGAUCAUUAUGACAACUAGAGAUCAACAUCUAUUACUCAGACAUGAAGUGACUGAAAAGGAAAUAUACAAGGCUAGAUUAUUAAAUGAUGAUGAAGCUCUAAAACUUUUUAGUCUAAAAGCUUUCAAGCAAGACUAUCCUUCAGAAGGUUAUGAGUUGCCAUCUCAAAAGGUUAUAUAUUAUGCUCAAGGCCUUCCUCUAGCUCUCGAAAUUUUAGGUUCCUUCCUAGUUCGUAGAAAUCUAGAUGCAUGGGAAAGUCUCUUAGGUAGACUACAAGAAUGUCCUGAAAGUAAAAUUUUAGAUGUGCUCCAAAUAAGUUUUGAUGGUCUAAGGAGAACAGAGAAAAAAAUAUUUUUAGAUAUUGCUUGUUUCUUCAAAGGAAUGACUAAAGAUCGUGUAGCAAACAUACUACGAACUCCCCAUAGUAGGCCAGAUGUUGAUAUAGAUGUUCUCAUGGAAAAAUCGCUUAUAACCAUCUCAAAUGGAACAUUGUGGAUGCAUGAUUUGCUACAAGAAUUGGGUAAGGAAAUUGUUCGUUGUGAAUCUCCUGACGAGCCUGGUGGACGCAGUAGGUUGUGGUUGAAGGAGGAUAUCCUUCAUGUACUAAUAGAUAAUGCAGGAACAGAAAAGGUUGAAGGCAUCUUCCUCAACUCAUCUCCAAACAAAGAGGAUAAUGUUAAAGUCAAUUUUGAAGCCUUCUCAAAGAUGAGAAACCUAAGAUUGCUUAAUAUUGGUAAUGUGCACCUUCCUCAAGGCCUCAGUUUUCUUUCAAGUGAGUUACGUCUUAUGAAUUGGCUUGGAUAUCCUUUAAAAUUCAUGCCAACAAAUUUCCAUCCCAACAAACUUGUUCAACUCAUAAUGCCUCAUAGCCACAUCAAACAACUAUGGGAGGGAGUUUGGAGUUUAGAGUGGCUAAGAAUCAUUGACCUCAGUGAUUCUAGAGAGUUGAUCAUGACCUUGGAUUUUGCUAGAGUCCCAAAUCUUGAGAAGUUGAUUCUCAGGGGUUGCACAAAAUUGUCUAUGAUUCACGCAUCCCUUGGAGAUCUCAAACAUCUUAUUUUGUUGGAUUUGAACGGUUGCAAAUGUCUUAAAAGCCUUCCAUGCAAGAUCAGUUGGGAAUCUCUUGAAAUUUUUAUUCUUUCAGGUUGUUCAAAGCUGAAGAAGUUUCCAGAAAUUGUGGGGAAUAUGUCACGUUUGCUAGAACUUUAUUUGGAUGAGACUGCUAUAGAAGAUCUACCGUUAUCAAUGGAGCAGUUAACUGGGCUUAUCAAAUUGGUUCUAACAAAUUGCAAAAAUCUUUCAAGUCUUCCUGGAGCCAUUUGUAGUUUGACAUCACUAAAAACUCUCACUCUAUGUGGUUGCUUAAAACUUGACAAUAUGCCAAUGAAUUUGGGAAAUCUAGAAGGCCUAGAGGAACUAGAUGUAAGUGGAACUGCUAUAAGAGAGCCACCUUCCUCCAUCUGUUGCUUAAAAAAUCUCAAAAUACUAUCUUUCCAAGGAUGUAAUGGGCUGUCAUCUAAAUCAUGGUCAUGGAAGAAGCCGCUUAAUUUUCUGUUAAUGACAAAAACUCCAGAUCUCACGGGCUUGGUAUUGCCUUCUGUAUCAGGUUUGAGUUCAUUAACUGAAUUGAAUAUAAGGAACUGCAAUCUUCAAGCAAUACCUAGUGAUAUUGGCUGUUUGUCCUCAUUAGAAAAAUUAGAUCUAAGUGGAAAUAAUUUUGUUUUCAUUCCUCAAAGCAUUAAUCAACUAUCUAAUUUGAGAGAAUUUUGGGUGGCGAAUUGCAAGAGUCUUCAAUUGUUGCCGGAGCUUCGAUCAAGAAAUUACAUAGAAGUUUGGGCAAAUGGAUGUACCUCAUUGGAAUCUUUACUACCAUUUAAAAAAAAAAACGAUCAUCCAAAUUUUUAUUUAUAUCUUCUCGAUUGUUUCCAAUUGGUUGAAAAUCAAGGCCGCUGUGACUUGUUCACUACAAUGCUAAGAGAAUAUUUUCAGGAAUCAACUAUAAAAGAAAGAAAAAGAUUUGAUGUUUUUAUUCCUGGAAGUGAAGUUCCGAACUGGUUUAGGCAUCAAAGUGUGGGGGCUUCAAUAAAUCUGGAACUGCCUUCAUAUUUAUUUAAACAAUUUAGAGGAAUUGCUCUCUGCGCUGUUUUUCGACCCCACCUGCAUCAUCCACCUAGCAAUCUUAUUUAUUCCCUUGCGUGUCACAUUAAAGCCAAUGGAAAUUGGUUCAGUGGUACUCCAUGCGUAAGAUUUUUGAAAGAGUUUUAUACGGUUGAAUCGGAUCAUCGUUGGUUCAUGUAUUUGCUCCCUAAUUAUUUCCAACACUUCUUACGAAAAGAAUUUCUUCAAAUUGCUGAUGGAUCCAGCUGUCAACUUGAGAUUGAAUUCCUAUCCUGGGAUCCGAGAACAGAGAUAAAGAAAUGUGGGGCCCAUAUGGUAUAGGAGGGAGAAAUGGAAGAUCUGAAACAAAGCAUGGAUCAGACAGAGUGCAGCAUCAUUCCUCAUAAUGAGAGUGUUGAUCAUUUUGAAGAGGAUAUCAAAAGUAAGCGAAGUCGUGAUGAUGAGAAUGGAGGAGCUAGUGGAGAAGGUAGCUCCUCUACUCACAUACCACACCCUAAGACUAAGAGAGUACGACUCUCUGAUGGUGAGUGAGGACUCUCCGUGACAGUCAGAAAUCAAUUAGUGGCUUUCAGGAACCUGGGCCCUCUUUAUUAGAACUCUUUUCUAUGCCACAUUAUCACAAGCAUUUUGUCAAGAAGGUGGGGGCCUCUAUAGACUCUCAUCCCAUCUGAGUCCUCCAAUAUCUUGCUGUUGUCAUUGUCAACUUGAAUCAGGGCUCUGUUGUCAACACCAUAAAUUUUCAUGCGUUGCAACAAACUUUGCUUCUUGGUAAGCUUUUGCUGCUUCUGCUGCUUGUACUAUACAUCUUCAAAUUUCUGUACUACGAGGUAGUCAAGGAGGAGUUGUUUUAGCUAAAAUUUUGUUCUAUUAUACGUUUUAUGUUCUAUCAAAUUCAGCUGGAAUGAAUAUUGGUGAUAUCACAAUUUGGGAAGUAGGUUGGAGGGAGAGGCUUGUUUCUCAAAACUUCAAUGUUUGGGACAUUCGAGCCUAUUCAAUGGCCUUGGAAGUUUGACAAAUAUCUACACAGAUUGACAUAACUAUUAUAUAAUUUUUUAAGUUGGAGAAUAUGUGCUAGGAAAAUUUAUGAGGCUAAUAAUCUCUAUUUCACUAGAUGAUAGGCUUCGUUGGCCAAUAAUUAUGAUUAUAUGUAAACCGUGUGAAGUGGAGUCCUGAUGGUGCCGUUUUUGGUAUGUUACUUUAUGGGGAUUUAUUUAUUAAUUUUUUAAUUAUUAAAUUACCAUUUGUCCCAAAAGUUUAAAGUAUUAGGAAAAUGUGAAUUCGAUCAUUUGACCAUUGUUCUAACAGUCUCCCUAUUUAAAACUUUCCAUAUCAGGCGUUGUACAUUUGGAAGACAUAGUGUAGAUAUAUUCCUAUGAUAGUGGUGACGAUUUGCAGUACCAUCUAUGACGCUAACUGGUUUGUUUAGCCCCUUUUUUAAAUAAUUGUGUAUUUGCAAUGGAAUUUUUUUUUUUUCUUUCUCAGAUUGAUGCUCCUCUCGGUAAGGUUAAUGAUCUCACCUUUUCACAUCAAAACAGAAAACUAUGCAUCAUAACUUGUGGAGAGGACAAGACUGUUAUGGUUUACUUUACUUGGCAUAUUCUUUCAGUAUAAAAACAAUGUUGCACUGCAUUUGUGAAAGGUUCAUUUCUGUGCAGGUGUGGAAUGCUGUCGCUGGUAAUAAGCUGUACACUUUUGAGCGGCAUAAAGCACCAGCUUACUCCAUGUGCCCUCAUAAUAAGGAAAACCUUUAUGCUAUUCAUAUGUGAGACUAGUAAAGGACAACCAUACCUUGUGGAAUUGGAUGAAUGUUAGAUAGCUAUCAAGCUUGUAUAUCAUGGUUUUUGGAGGCAGUCUGUGGUGGUUGUGCCGUUUGAUACAAUGAAGAACCGGUUCCUGGCUACUAGAUAUGCGUUCAAAUUAAAAUUUUGGGACAUGGACAAUGGUUACCUCUUGACAAUUACUGCUGCAGAGGGUGGAUAACUGGCUGCUCCUUGCAUUCAAUUUUACAAGGAAAGGAUACUGCUUGCCGUAUCAACAAGUGAAAAUGGAAUCAAAAUACUUGCAAAUGCUGAAGGUGUAUGGCUUCUGCGUUCUAUUAAAGAUCAAGCUGUUCAUACCUCCAGAGUGGAUCCUGCAACUAUUGCAAAGGUACCGGUAAUUAGCUCCUUUGGUGCUUCCUAUUCAACUGCUGGAACAAGCACUAGAUAUUAGGCGAAGUCCACAGAAACAUUGAAGCUUUUGAUUUUCCAAAGAAUUUUCUUAUCAAAAUAUUCAGAAGAAUAUUUCAGAAGCUUAAAUUUUUAUUGACAUCUAUGCCUAUGUUCAGUUGACAUGUCUGAAUCAGGAUGAAAAGAUGCCUUCCGUGGAAGAUCUUGCUUAGGCCUAAAGCAUGUCUGUUAUGUAAAUGUCUUUUCGUGUGCUUGCUAUUAGUCGUUUUUUUUUUUUUUUUUGGUAGUCUGAGAUAUUGUUAACAAUGGAAUCUAUGCUAUAGAUUUCUCAAUCAGUUUUGAGUCUCUCUUAUGCAUCAUUGCAACGGCAUUCUGUGCUUUAAACAAAAAGGGCAAAGUGCUAAAUGUUGCAAUUUGUUGGACUUUUACUUCCCACCAAAAGAAGGGAACGCCCAUGUUACCAGAGUUGUAUGACUAUUUUUUCCUAAACACUAAUGCCAAAACCCAAGCCCAAAUCUGUGCAUCCAGGUCCAA